CUCCAAUCAUCACCAUCGUCGUCGCCGCUCGAUCUACAUCGCCGUCGCCGCCGUCUCCAUCAUCAUCAGAAUCAUCAUUGACAACAAACGAUUUCAGCCUUCCUCGACGCCGCCACCACCAACACCAACACCACCAACCCCCUCAGCAACCAACGACUAAUCGCUCAGCUCCAGCAUACAGACUCCACUCGCAAACCUUCAUCACCGAUUUCGACCGACAUCAUGACCUCAUCAUCCCUUCAAUUCGGCCCAGAGUGGAUGCGCAAGCCCGCUCACACAAAGCAGCAGCAGGGCAACAGCGCUGCAACUCAGCAUCAGAACCAACACCAGCCGGCUAGCAACGCCUCUGCCCCUCAGGCAAAGAGGCAUCCCAGUCUGGGUACCAUGAGUCCUGGAGGGCCUACUCCUGUGCUCACUCCGACUACAGCACCUUCACCUGGCACGUUCUCCUUUGCAGCGGCAGCGGCAGGAGGCAUGGACCGAGGGGCUUCGUCCAAUUCCGGCCAUUCGCCUAGCCAUUCCUUCUCGGCCGCAGUCCCCGGGGGAGGCUCAGCAGCGCUUGACCGCGACGCUGCGCUACGCUACGCUCGCGAUCAGUCAUUGAGCUUGUACAGCUCAAAGGGAAGCCUCAGUCCCAGCACCGAGGGUCAGCCAAUGUCUGCCGACGCGGCCUCCCCGUCGGCAGUCGCGGCCAAUGGCAGUGACACCGCUCACGGGUCUCAGUCUCGCAAGAAGGCAUCUGGCGAGCGCGAUGGACUCAAGCGAUUGGGCUCGACUGAGCCCCUUUCGCCAACGCUCCCCUCGGAGCCACGAGGCCUCAAUGCUCGUGGCACCACGGCUUCCAGUGAUCGUGAGAGGCCAGGUCUGUUUCAGAGGGCAAGCAGCGGCGGCUCACUCGGCGGUACAGGCGUGCAGCGGGAGAGGUUUAGCGGCAUUCAAGGAGGAGUUUUAUCAGGCGUCGCGCCUCCAGAGCAGCAGCGCAGGAGGAAGGAGAGCGAGGGCUCUUCGCGACUUCUCAAGCAUCCCUCCGCCACCAACACCGCUCAUGGCGAGCAGCAGGACGGCGAACCCCCUUUGUGGGACAAGCGCAGCGGUGGAUCCCAGCUUUCAUCUGGAGGCAGCGAGGCAUUCGCUUCUGCUGCUCGAAUGGGAAGGUCAAAGCCGUCGCUCGACAACAUGUCCAUACCGCAGCAGGAUACGGGCAGCGACAAGGCCUGGACGGGCGGCAGGCGCAGAGAGCGCGGUCCGAGCGAAAAUCCCGGGACAGGAGCAGUUGAGAAUGCAGCUGGCUUUGCCAAGUUUGCUGGCUACGACCGCAAGCGCGAACGCACUGGAGGAUCCAACGCGGACACGUGGAGAUCUGGGUCAGCAACUCGAGCAACGCCACCCGAGAACCAAGCUCCGGACGACGACAGUCAUGCUGAUCCGAGUGGCGAGACUGUCAACGAUCACCACGACGCACAGCCCACGCAAACACUUGAACAAAACUUCGCCGGGUUGGACAUGAAUGGCAGCGGCGCGCCCGCCGCUUCUCCUUGGUCGGCCGAUGCUCAGCAAUGGCUGUAUCGUGACCCAAGCGGGCAGGUCCAAGGCCCCUUCCCAGCGCCUACGAUGCAAAGCUGGUAUGAGCAAGAAUACUUCGCUCAAGACUUGCUCAUCCGACCUCAAGAAGAGGCCGACUUCCACCCUCUCGCCAUCUACUUCGCUGCUGCUGGCAACAAUCCGCGCUUUUUCCUUGCACCGCCUCCCUCAAUGCGUCGACCAGCCGAUGAGCCACCUCUUGCUCCCAGCAAUGGCCCUCAAGACUCGAUGUUCAACCUGAACGGCGGUCAGAUGCCCGGCGCAGACCUCGGCUGGAACGGAAAAGCAGGUGCUGUCCCUGGUCCAGGUUGGCUCGACAAUUCGCUCGGUAGGGCCGGCUUUGCUCCUUCUCAAGCAUUUGGCUCUCCCUUCGGCGCCUUUGGCGGUCUUCCUCAGUCGCCGUUCCUCUCUCAGCCUGGCAUGGGCACCCCCGGGGCAGGCGAGCACGUGGGUCUCGACGCACGACUGCGGCAGCAAGAGGACUACAUCAAUGCUAUGAGGCAGCGCGAAUUUGAACAUCAUCAUCAGCAGCAACAGCAACAGCAGCACCCUCAGAUGGGACCCUUCGACGGCCAUUACGCUGCGCUGGAUGGCUGGAACCGCCAGCCUCAGCUCUGGCAGCAGUCUCAGCAGGCUGUGGACCAGGUGAAUUCUUCCUCUCACCAGCAGUCCUCUCCAUGGUCCACGUCGGCGUUUCCCACCGGCAUGGUCAAUGACAACACGCCGACUUCUGCACCUUGGGGCGAAGCACCUGAUCAGAAGCAACACCAGCAGCAAGUCUACCAGCCAGAGGCCAAUGUUGGCGCCAUUGGAACGCCUGUGCGCGCUCGCUCCCCCGCUCCAGCUCCCGCUGAGCAGCAACAUGCGCUCGAUCAAGCCGCAGCUCAGUACGAGAGCUCGAACCCAGCUGCUGUUGAGGAUGCGCCUGUGGAGGAAGUCCAGGAGGUGCGAGACGAACCCGCUCAGGUCGAAGAGGAGCCCUCUCGCCCAGCCACGCCGCCUCCUGCGGAAGACCCUGCGCCGGAGCACGAGUGGCCUCAAUCCCCUUCUGCCGUGGAGUUCGCCUCCGAGCCCGACUUUGGGUCGACCCGCGAUGCUGCAGAGGCCGCCACUACUGCCAGCGGACGAGUCGCGAGCGACAAGAAGGGGGUGCGAGGCAAAGCGGCUAUCUCCAUCCCUGGCAAGCCCGGCAACGUUUCUGCCCCCUCAGCGGCAGGAGGCAAUGUCAAGGUCGUAGGCGCAGAUCAGUUCCGCAAGGGUACGGCUGCAGAGUCGACUUCUGUCCAGACGCCCCUUAGCAGCCUCCUCGGCAACAACAGCCCUGCGUCGUCCACUGCUUCCAAGGCUGCUCCUUGGGCGCAAACCAACAAUGAAGAAGGCAGCGCCCCUACCAAUGCGGCCAUGAGCCUUCGCGAGAUUCAGGAGGCUGAGGCAAAGCAAGCCGAAGCUAAGCGCGCCGUCGAGCGGCCGCCCCUCCCACCACAAUGUCGUGGGGCCUGGCCAGCAUCCCUUCGUCAGUCAACAAGCCUGCGCAGUCUAACAUUAAUGUCUCCGGUGCCGACGGCGGUCCCGCUUCGCCCGCUACAGCAGCUCAGCUCGCCGGAGGUGUAUGGACGAUCGCGACGCCCAGCGCUGGCAAGGCGGGUGCAAAGAAGACACUCAUGGAGAUUCAAGAGGAGGAGCGCAAGCAAGCUCUAGCACUGCAGCGCAAGCAGGCCGCAGCGGCUUCCAAGGCCUUUGCAGAGUCCCUCUCCAGGCAGAAUAGCAGUGCCGGUACCAGCGCUGCGCCUCUUCCGGCUGCUGCACCCGCUCCCGGUUGGAGCGUCGUGGGUGCAGGAGGCAAGGCUUCUACUCCCACGCCGACCGCAGCCACGGCGGCUGCCAAGGUCAGCCCGAAGGCUUCGUCUGCCGUUCCUCGGCCGGCUGCGCAGCCUCGUACGGCCUCGAGCAGCGGCUCUCCAUGGAGUACGGCAGUCAAUGGCGGGGUCAAAUCUGUUGCCAGCGGC